UUAUUUGUUUGUCAAAAGGCGACGGAUAAUGAAAUUUGUUUGCCAUAUAAAUACUCCCCUAAAGCCGCAGUUCAUUAAAAUCAAUUUAUCCCAAUAGUUUCUAAACUAAAACAUUGAAGAGCUGAAUAAUAUGGUGGGAAGAAAAGCCAAUGCCUGGGCUGCUAGAGACUCUACUGGUCAUCUCUCUCAAUACUCAUUCCAUCUCAGGGAUACAAGUAGCGAAGACAUGGUUUUAAGGGUUCUGUAUUGUGGAAUAGACCACACUGAUCUCCAUCAGAUCAGGGGUGAACUAAUUAGUAAUACCAAGUACCCUAUGAUACCAGGUCAUGAAGUGGUUGGGGAAGUUAUCGAAUUGGGCUCGGACGUUAAGAAAUUUAGUUUGGGAGAUAUAGUAGGAGUAGGCGGCAUAGUUGGCUCUUGCGGGGAAUGUUCUUUGUGCAAGUCCAAUCUGGAGCAGUACUGCAGUCAAAGAAUUUUACCCUACAAUGAUAUCUACAAAGAUGGAACUCCAACACACGGAGGAUUCUCUUCAAACAUGGUUGUUCAUCAGAGGUUUGCAGUCAAGAUUCCAGAAAAGCUAGCACCGGAACAGGCAGCACCCCUACUAUGUGCUGGGGUGACGGCUUAUAGUCCUCUAAAACAGUGGAUGGGGAGCAAUAAGAAUGUCCAGGGGGGAAUAAUGGGCUUGGGAGGAGUUGGUCAUCUAGGUGUUAAAAUAGCCAAGGCAAUGGGGCAUCACGUUACUGUGAUAAGCUCCUCUAAUAAGAAAAGAAAGGAAGCAAUGGAGGAUUUGAAUGCAGAUGUUUUUUUAGUGAGUACCGAUGAGGAUGAAAUGAGGAAAGCUGCAAACAGCCUCGACUACAUUCUCGACACCGUACCAGUUUUCCACCCACUGCAAUCAUACCUUUCACUGCUGAAAACACAAGGAAAGUUUAUACUAGUUGGCGCACCCCAACAGCCUCUUGAAAUUCAAGCUGGUGUCAUGAUAGCUGGAAAUAAGACAGUUACAGGAAGUUUCAUAGGAAGCAUGAAAGACGUGCAGGAAUUAUUAGACUUCUGGGCAGGAAAAGGAAUGACGACAAUGAUUGAGGUUGUAAAGAUGUCCUAUGUUAACAAGGCAUUUGAGAGAAUGGAAAAGAAUGAUGUAAGAUACAGGUUUGUUCUGGAUGUAGCCGGCAGCAAUCUUGAGUGACAGUGCACGGCAAUGAUGCAAUUUUUGAAUUCAAAUACCUAUUCCAUACACAAUAACUUUGUCAAAUUCUCUAUACUGAGAAGAAAACAGUGCUAUUGGUUUUUACUACGCUAUUCUGGCAUCAGAUAGCAAUCUUAAUAAAGAGUUAUGGGUUGAUUCCAUAACCAUGUGAUAUUGUAAUAACAAUUAAUGUUCUCAGGUUGCUGUGUGAUUUGUCCAACUUCAUGUCAACUGAAAGAAAAGGAUCUAAUAUUCUGAUU